AUGGAACAGAGUACCGAAGAUAAAAAAAAAGGAAAGCUAAGUAAAGCAGGAGAUGAAACAAGUCGUAUUCGAAUGAAGAAAACAUUACACAAACAUCUCACAGACCUUAUGAAUGCUAUGGGAAAGAAGAUGACAUUAAAUGAACUAGUGGGAAUAUUAUAUGAAGACUUUAUUCAACACGGAGACACUAAUAAACGAUGGACAUUAAAUAAACCAACUCAAUCAUCAAAUGUAAGUGUAUUAGGAAAAGAGUUUUAUUUAUCAGAACAAUACUAUAAAUUACUGUUUGAAGGAUUAUAUUAA